GGGACCCUAGCUGGAAACCAUGGAGCGGUGAUGCGGCGGUGUCCCUGUUUGCCGCGUGUGCUGCUGGGCUUCUCUACCGGCUGUGUUAAUGGCCUCCCGCUUUGUUCAGGCUUUUCUGCUCCUGUAGACGCUGCACCCACACCUGCUGCCUGGGUCGGACCGGAGCGCGGAGGCAGUCGUGACCUUUCUUCCCUUCUAGGAACUCUGCAUCCCUCUCCCACCCUCUGGAAACUUCCCUUCACUACCUUUUCCCAGACCAGGAAGCCCUGAACCUUUGAAUUUGGUUUUCAGAGCCCACUCUCUGGGCUCCUGACAUUUAUUUUUCAUCUACCCUGAGACAACUCGCCAGCUCCCUCCAUCCCCGUUUUUUUCACUUUCCUGCGGCGUCCUAGUGGUGGGCAUCUCCCUCUUCAGGGAGAGGGAAGCAUGGGGCCUGCAAGGGUCCUGGCGCCUCAGGAGGAGGCUGAAAGACGUGCUGCCCUUCCUGAUUCCUCAGCUGCUUCUCUGUAAUCAGCCGCCCUUUUGGAAAUCGGGCAGGGGUUGUGGCUGGAUGCACGUGUCGCGGACCGGUUGUCAGUGUACCAUACAGAAGUAACAUGUUCCCAGCGUUGGAAACAGAGCUAAAGCAGGAGACUCUUCCUGAUCCCUAUGAAGACUUUAUGUACCAUCACCUCCAGUACUAUGGCUACUUUAAAGCUAAGAGGGACAGUUUACCAGACUCUGCUACGCACCAGCGUGCUUGGAAGAAUAAUCCCCAACUCGUCUUGACUGGCUCUUUUGGGGAAAGAGAUUUGAUACCAGACCCCCUGCAAAAGAAGAAGCUUCUGUGGCCUACCUGUCUAUCUUCAACUCUGCACAGACAGAUAGAAGCUAUGAGUAGAGAUUCCUCUAUGCUGACUUCACACCUCAAGAGCAGACAGCUUCUUCAUAAUGAGUUUGGUGAAGCAAACCCACGUCUUCGAGAACCCCGAGAUCUCUUUGGCUUUUUCUCUGGUAGUGCGCCACUGCAGGCUCCAAGAUGGCCAAUAGAAUGUGAGGUCAUCAAGGAAAACAUUCGUCAUAUUGAGGGCGUUCCACCUCAACCAGAAUAUUUCUAUCAACCUACAGGAAAUGAAAAGAUACCAGAAAUUGUAGGAGAAGAAAAAGGCACAGUUGUCUAUCAGUUAGAUUCAGUGCCCACCGAAGGUUCCUGUUUCAGCAGCUCCAGAGUGGGAGGCAAACGAGGAGUUAUCAAGGAACUGGCUGUCACACUGCAAGGACCAGAUGAUGAUACUCUCCUGUUUGAAUCGAGGUUUGAGAGUGGGAAUCUGCAAAAAGCUGUCAGAGUAAACACCUAUGAGUAUGAACUCACCUUGCGAACUGACCUGUACACAAACAAACACACUCAGUGGUUUUAUUUUCGAGUUCAGAACACCAGAAAAGAUGCCACCUAUCGCUUCACCAUUGUCAACCUACUGAAACCCAAGAGCCUUUAUACUUUAGGGAUGAAGCCACUCAUGUACUCUCAGUUGGAUGCCAAUACCCACAACCUUGGCUGGAGGAGAGAAGGAAAAGAAAUCAAGUAUUACAAGAACCACAUGGGUGAUGGGCUGCAACCCUUUUACUGUCUCACGUGGACCGUUCAGUUUCCACACGACCAGGACACUUGCUUCUUUGCACACUUCUACCCAUACACAUACACUGAUUUGCAGUGCUACCUCCUGGCAGUGGCAAACAACCCCGUCCAGUCGCAGUUCUGCAAACUCCGAACUUUAUGCAGGAGCCUCGCAGGAAAUACCGUCUACCUGCUCACCAUCACCAACCCAUCCCAGACCCCUCAGGAGGCAGCUGCAAAGAAAGCCGUGGUCCUGAGCGCCAGGGUCCACCCUGGGGAAAGUAAUGGCUCCUGGGUCAUGAAAGGCUUUCUGGACUUCAUUCUUAGCAACUCCCCAGAUGCCGAGCUCCUCAGAGACAUCUUUGUCUUCAAAGUGAUUCCCAUGUUAAAUCCAGACGGAGUGAUUGUGGGGAAUUACCGCUGUUCAUUGGCUGGAAGGGACUUGAACAGGCAUUAUAAAACCAUUCUGAAGGAGUCUUUCCCUUGCAUCUGGUACACCAGGAACAUGAUCCAGAGACUUCUUGAAGAAAGGGAGGUUCUCUUGUACUGUGAUUUUCAUGGCCACAGCCGUAAGAAUAAUAUCUUCCUGUACGGCUGUAAUAACAACGAUCGCAAGUACUGGCUUCAUGAGCGAGUCUUUCCUUUAAUGUUAAGCAAAAAUGCACCAGAUAAGUUCUCUUUUCCUAGUUGUAAUUUUAAGAUCCAAAAGAGCAAAGAAGGAACAGGACGUGUUGUGAUGUGGCGGAUGGGAAUCCUAAACAGCUACACCAUGGAAUCUACCUUUGGCGGGUCCACCCUGGGCAGUAAAAGACACACUCACUUUACCACUGAGGAUCUGAAGUCCCUAGGUUAUCAUGUCUGUGACACCCUUCUGGAUUUCUGUGAUCCUGACCAAACCAAGUUCACACAGUGUCUAGCAGAGCUUAAAGAACUCUUACAACAGGAAAUCCAUAAAAAGUUCAGUGAACUUGGACAAGAUAUGGAUUUAGAAGGAAGUUGGAAUGAUAUCUCUUUGUCUGAUAUUGAAUCCAGCACCAGUGGUUCUGACAGCUCCCUCUCAGACGGUCUUCCUGUUCAUCUCCUGAGCAUAGCACAUGAGUUGAAUCAGAAGAAGAUGUAUAAGAAGAAAAAAAAGAAGCCACUUCAGACUAGGAAACAGCGAAAUGAACAGUAUCAGAAAAAUAAUCUGAUACAGGAGUUCAAGUCAACAGAAUAUUCCCCAGAAAGGGCAGAAAUUGCUUCUACUCUGCAAAAGCAGCCUACCUUUUUAAAAAAUUCAGGGAAUACCAGUUCUUCAACAAUAAAAGAUGAAAAGCCAAGGAUGAAUGAGUUAAAUGGAAGACACAAAGGCACCUCCUUGGACCCACCAAAAAUGACCACCAAAAUGACCACCUCAAUUCUGACUAAGAAUAAAGAGAGAAUGCAGAGAAAGAAGCCAAGAUUUACAGUAUCAUGCUCUCCAAAGAGAAGCACAAAUACCAGCCAGGAGCCAGCUCCAGAUAUGAAGCCAAACUGGUCCAGGAACACAUUUCCUGCCACACACAGAGGCGGCGCCAACGUGGUGUCAUACCCCUCCUUGCACAUAUACACAUACCCGUAGGGUGCCUGGGCCACCCCACACAGAUGUUUCUUUGACAUGUCUUGAGUUAAAUAUAUUGUAUAGCAAGGGGAGUAGUGUGACUGGAGACUACGAUCAUUUGUGGUACACUCUUGUGCGUUCAUCAUGCGCUGACAUUACACUAGGUGCUCACUCUGUGUGCAUGUCUUCAAGAUGCAUACUUCACAAAUUGCUUUUUCACAAAAUGAAAUUUUAUUAUGAUGUAUAGAAAAGCUUUCUUUAUCAGAAAUUGAAGUAUGUGCUUAUGGCACUACAGCACAGAUAUACCUCAUUUUAACCAAUAGAUAUUCUCUCUAAAAUUAUAUGCAAAUCCACUUUAAAAUAUCAAAGUCUGUUUGAAACAUAUUCUGGAAAUGUGUGCUAUGUUCAAAAUGUCUGUGUCAGAGCUCUUAAAUGAUGAAUGAUCUGUCAGACUGUGGUAUGUCAGGUCUUCUCAGGGUGAGGAGUUCCCACAUACGCAAAAUAAUUCAUUUGUUACCCGGAAGUUAAUGUUGCGUAUAUUAUAUUCAACAAAGUUAUGUAAGUU